GGAUUGCAAAAUCAAAUCGCAACACGACUGGUAGUGUGAAAAUUUUCGCUCCCAACAAAAAUCAGAAUUUUCCUGGGAAAAUUGAUCAAUUUACACGUGACAUUACGUGCAGCGGUUGUAUGAAGUGAUUGUGCGAAUCAGUGAAAUGUUUUUUUGAACUGAAAAUUGUUGGUUUUCCGCGAAAACGUUAAAUUAUGAAUCGACUUUUUUGCUGGUUACUCCUAGCAGCCAUUUUGGUUGAAAAGGGCUUUGCUGUACCAACUGAAGCCACCGAUGAAGAUGACGACGACUGGGACGAAGAUGAAGAAUCUUCUGAAGCUGAUGACGAUAGUAGAAUCUACAAAAAUCCACGAAAUUCACCAUCAACUGAAUGUCCCCGUGACGAAGAACAAGCUACAUUGCUGGGUCAAAAGUGUCUGAGAAAAUGUUCAUCCGACGAGGAUUGUAAGAGCAAAAAGAAGAAAUGUUUGUGUGACGGAGCCUGUGGAAUGUCAUGCAUUAAACCAGAUCGCGAAUGUCCUGAAUUGGAACAGCCAUCAUUGGGACAAGUGGUAUUGUCUGGUCGACAUUUCGGUGGCCGAGCAACGUACACAUGCCCACAUGGAUAUCAUGUCGUUGGUCUAGCUAGUCGACUAUGUCAAGCAGAUGGACAUUGGGCGGGACAGGAACCAGCAUGCAAACAAAAUAUUUACUGUUUGACGCCACCCACAAUCGAUCAUGCUCGUCAUUCUGCACUUCCCGAACAAGCCACAUUUGACUUGGACUCCACCGUUCAAUACCAUUGCCAUACUGGAUAUGUAACUGCUGGUUUCCCUCGUGCCAAGUGUUUGGCUAUCGACGGUCUAGCCAGUUGGUACGGGCCAGAUAUUCAAUGUGAACCUCGGUCAUGCGGACAGCCAAAUGAUCCUGCUCAUGGAUGGCAUGCUGGCGAAUGCUAUACAUUCGGAUGCCGUGUAACGUAUCACUGUGGAGAUGGCUACGAAUUGGUUGGAAAAUUGGAACGUUUUUGUCAGGCUGAUGGAUCUUGGACACCGAAAGAAUUACCCACCUGUGUCUUGGUAACAGCGGUUCAAUGUCCACCACCGGAAAAUCCAAAGAAUGGAAAAGCAAUCUACACAACUUGUUCGUACAACUCGGUUGUUAGCUAUGAGUGCAAGUAUGGUUUCACAUUGGUCGGAGAAGGAUCACGUCGAUGUGGAGCUGAUCGUAAAUGGAGCGGUCAGCUUCCGACAUGUAAGGAAAUCAAUUGCGGACAUCCCGGUAUUUUGUAUAAUGGUUGGCUGGAAAAUAUAGAAGCUGGCACUGGACUAGGAGCAAGCAUUAUUUAUCGUUGUCAUCCGGGAAUGUUGCUAGUUGGUAACACAUCAACAGUGUGCCAAAUUGAUGGAAGAUGGAGAUAUAGCGUUCCGGAAUGUUUAGCUCCCUGCAUGGUACCAACAAUUUCGCAAGGAACUGUGAUACCAAUGGAAGUUGAACUCGAUCCAAAUAUCACAACAACAUUCGUUCCUCCAACAUUAGGCACCGCAACAAAUAAAGUACGACAUGGGACAACACUGGAAGUGAUGUGUGAAGAAUUCUAUGAAUUUCCAAUCUCCUCAUUUUCUCCUCCGACCUGUAACAAUGGCACAUGGAGUGUAAUACCACGAUGCAUACCGGCCAGAUGUAAAGGUCUGCCAAAACCUCCGAAAUUCGGUAUGGUCCUGGCGCCGAAGACGGAGCACGGCAUGAAAGCCAGAUUCAAAUGCAAGGAUGGUUUCAAUUUAACUGGCCCCGGCGGAAAGGAGGUGACCGAUCCGAAUGAAUAUGUUUUGACGUGCUCGUUCGGUAAUUGGACGGGCGAGACGCCAAUGUGUCAGGAAGUUUACUGUUCGUUUCCGGGUUACAUCGAGCAUGGAAAGAUUUUACUUGUCGGAAAUAUGGGGUUGUAUGACUAUCGUCCUUAUGUGAAAAAGAUUAUAAAUAAUAAGCAAAUCAUGUACGACUGCGAUAAGGGAUAUGUGCUGGAUGUUGGACCACCAGGAGCAACUUGUGUUGGUGGCUUAUGGCGGCCUACAGAAUUACCACUUUGUCUACUGGGUCAACAUCCACGCUUACGAUGGAACCGUAAGCGAAGAUCCGUUGAAAUGAAAUUCAUGCGAUCUCGUUAUAUUCUUCAAAACUAUCGCGAACUACAGCGACGAUUCGAAGAACUUUCAGCACUUUCGGAUCGUAUGACCGAACAUCGAUCUCGUGCCAAACGAAACGUCCACACAUUCGACAUAUUGCCGAGUCAAUACCACCACUUCAUAUAUCCGCAUCACAAAAAUAUCGUUCAUCGUCGCGUGUCACGAAAUCUGAAUAAUUUCAUUCAUCGUCAGCUCCGACGCCCUUUUCAGGGCGAAGAAGCAUAUGCUAAAUAUAUGGAAACGAUUAGACAAAAGUAUCAGAAAUAUGUGAAGAACAUACUGGGCUACAAUAACAUACAAAAUUAUUCUUCAGAAAUAAGCAGACGUCCAUUUGACAAUCAUGAAUCAUUAACGAGAUUACAUCCGAGUCAGACACAAAAUAAUGUAAAUCAUUACCAUCGAUAUGAUUCAGCAAACUCAUUUGUGAACACAAAACCGACUGUAGCCAGCUACAAUUUUGCCAAUACGGAUAAUAAAGAAAAUCGAAAUGAUCCGUUUCCCGAUAACGGUUACUUUGGUGAGGAGCACAACGAAAACCAACGCAAUCAAUACCGAAUUGUGAACAACAAUUUCGUCAGCAGUGAUAAUAUUCGUGAAGAUAUCGACUACUCAAUAAAGCCAAAUAUGACGGAACUUAUUGCCAAACUAAAAUCACAAAUCAUUCGCCGUAAACGAAACGUUGACUCGAAUGUAGAAAAUGAAAAAAGAAAUCGAAAAUUUCGAAAGAGAGCAAACUCCAAUCAAACAGUUUCACCUGUUGAUGGAACUGAAAUUGAUGAAAAUUUGGAGGGACUGAAACGUGGAAAAGCAAAAGGACCCUGUGAGCCUCUUCCAUCCGAACCGUAUAUGCGUAUUGACAUCAUCCGUGAAGGACGUGAUCCGACCCAUGAAUACAGUGCUGGAACAAUGGUCAAAGUUACUUGUGCCAAAGAAUACAAAUUGAAUCUGCAGAAUCCGAACGGUACAGCGAAAUGUGUACGUAGCCGAUGGAAGCCAAUGAAACCUCUGUGCACAUUAUUACCCUGCUCUGUACCAUCCACUGAACAUGGUAGUUUCUACACGGUCACAACCGAUGUAUCAACUCCGAAUGCUAAACCAACACCGAAAAUGCUAAAUGCAUUUGAUGAGAUACUGAACGGUGAUAUAAUUGAUGUGCAGUGUGACGAUGGCUAUAAUGUCCAAGGCACAAAUCAAUUGAAGUGCUGGCAAGGAAAUUGGGACACAUCCAACAUGCCGGAAUGUCUUCCUGCGCCAUGCAUCUUACCAAAUAUAGCGAAUGCAGUCUAUCAAGGUGGCUAUAGAGGUGGAUUGACCAUAGCUCAUGGCAGUUCGGUUAGUGUACAAUGUGAAAAUGUAGCAAAUAAUCUACCAGUUCAAAUGGUAUGUGCUUUGGGCAGUCUGUCUCCCAAAACGAUACAAUGUGGAACUGGCGCCCGAAGAUCACGCGAAGAAUACCUGUCCGAAGUUGAGUUUGUCAAUACUCGAGAAGAUAUGAAUGCUGUAAUUAGUGGCCUGAGUAGUGGUGCUAAAGUGGCAGAGACCUCUGUGCAACGAACAGGAAACCUGGAAGCAGGAAAGGAUUGCGGAACUCCGCGUCGUGUGGACGAUGCCUUGGUUUACAGGAAUGGGGACCUACUCGGUGACAUGGACGACGGUUUUCAAUCCGGAACGGAAAUAACAUUUAACUGUAUAGCUAGCAGUGCUGGUGAAAGAACGACGUGGAAAAUUAUAUGCGAAGACGGUCAAUGGGUCGGACGAUCACUGAAUUGCGCAAACGGAACUUGUAUCUUUCGGAACAAUGAACCGAAUGUUGUAAGCUUUUACAAUGAUUUGGAAGUUCGUUCAGAGGAAGUCGAAUUUCCACCUGGUGCUACGAUCGUUUCCAGAUGCACGGACAUCGGCAAAUUCGCAAUGACUGGCAGCAAUGUCAGGCAGUGCAUUCACUCCGAAUGGAACGGCCAGAAACCAACAUGUUUUGGACUGAAUCAGGAAAAUGAUUACGCAAUGGAAAAAGCACCCACGAUCCUCUUUCGUCAUUCGAACGGCCCGAUAGCACAGAGCAAUGACGGAAAAUUAAUUGUGUAUCCAGGUACAACCGUGCACAUGGAAUGCUUAUGGAUGCGUCGAUUCGGAAACCCGAAAUGGGUUGUAAGUCACGAAUAUCGAGUGUAUCCGGAGGGAUGGGUCACAGACGAUACAAGAGAUGCUACGCUUGAGUAUCGGCUAAGUAUUAUACAUGCAGUGGAAGACGAUUCUGGAUCGUUUACGUGCCAAACGCCAGCUAGACAUGGACAUAAAAUUGACAUCGUUGUGAAGGCAAUUAAUUGUGCGAAAAUACCAGUUCGCCGUGGACUAACGAUGAAUACAAACGAAACAAAAAUGAGCGUUCGAGUUCAAUUGUCAUGUGCCAAUGGAAAUUCGCUGAUUGGGGCAUCCGAAUUAGUAUGCUUACCCAGUGGUAAUUGGAGUGCACCGUUGCCUGUUUGUGAAAGCGUUGAAUGUGGAGACUUGCCAAUAACAGCAUCCUCAAAUAGAUCUGUGCCUAGGGUUGCAGUAUUAUCUCGGGAAGUCGGUGGUCGUGCUGCAUUUUCUUGUCGAUCUGGUUAUGGUAUCCGUGGACCAUCCGAAUCGAUAUGCCUACCAUCUGGAGAAUGGUCACUACCGUUCCCCGACUGUGUUGAAAUGAAAUUUCUAGAGGUACAGUGUGACAAUCCCGGAGCCCCAGCCAAUGGUUAUGCUCAGGGUUCGGCUCCGUAUCGUGCUGGAGAUGUUGUGCAGUUUAAUUGCAAUCCCGGUUAUAUGAUGCAAGGUCAACCAAUAAUUGCGUGCCAGGACAGUGGGCGCUGGUCCGGUAUAUUGCCAAAGUGCGUCCAAGCUUGCUCAUAUCCAGGAACGGCUAUCGCCGGACGAAUGUCGUCAGUUAAAUUCUACUACACAAUUGGCGAAAACAUAACAUUUACAUGUGAUGCUGGACUGUCUCUUCGUGGUGCGGUUGUGUUGAAAUGUUUACCGAACGGAAAAUGGUCGAAUGCAAUUCCAACAUGUGUGGCUUCAGAGCAGAGUGCACGAGGUGAUAAUUAGAACGAUUUAUGAAUGAUCAAUAAACGAUUUCAAGAAGAAUGAAGUCAACGAGCAAAACCUGUGUCAAUUGUGUUGUGAAAUUUUACGAAAUCUUUUCAUAUUUAAUUCAGAGUUUAUAUACACUAAAGUGAAGUUAAAUUUGUUUGUAUCACACAGGAAACGUAAUUAGACAGAAUAAAUGAGAAAAAUCAAAUUUAUCACUUAAAUGUAAAUUAUGUAUGAAAAGGAAACCAAUUAUAUCUUCCAAAGAAAAAAUAAAAAUAAAUUCUGUAAAUAAUUUUAGAUAUUUACUUAGAAAAUGUUCUAUAUAUUUACUGUACGAGACAAAUAAAAACAAAAUAUUUUUUCUUCCCAAUAAUUUAUUUAAGAAACUCCAAACUUGUAGCUUAGCUCUUUCUAAUUGAAAAUUUCAAAGAAAUGUAAAAUCAAAAUCAACUUUCUCACAAAACAAAUAUUUAUUAAAGUUUAAAAUUAAGAAAAAAAUUUAAGAACUCAACUUACACUCGGGCCGCCCAGUAUCAGAUUUCAAUUUUUCAGCCCAUUUUAAUUCACAGAUGUUGUUAACUUAUUGUCAAAAUAACACUCCCUUAAUAUAGCAUAGCAGUAGGAGAAAUUACAAAAAGUUCAGGGCACACAUCGAAUUAGAUUUUUUAGAAGACUUUGCGGUAGACUGUAACGUUUCUUAAUAAAUCUUCUGACUAAAUAUUAGCCCAAUUCCCAUCAGCAUUUAACGGAGCUGAUAAACUUAACUUUAUAUUCUAAAAUUAGGUUAAAUUUAUGGAUCGUUAAAUUUAUUGUAGCUCCGACACUACUUUUUUGAUCGGAUAAAUUUUACUGACAGUUGUUAAAUUUAGCAGCCCUGACAUAAAUUGAGCUUUUA